AUGUCCGCAGCGCUCCGGCCCACUGCUGCCGUGCGGCAUCUUCCCGCAGCCCUCUGUAUACGCCACCGCUCGUCACUGCCGGACCGCACCACCGCCGCCGUCGCAUCGUCGAGCAUCACCACUCGUUUCACGACGAUGGCUGAAGUCUGCGUCUCCAAAAUUGGUCCGGCCGGGGCCGGCUGGCACAGUGUUUACUUUGCAGCCAAGGCUGCGUGCUUCCCCGGCGCCGGCAUCAGCAUGUCGCGUGAGCUCCAGACCGGCGUCCACCUCGCUUGCGCCACCUUCCUGUCUGGCUUUGCCUGGCAGCCAAUCUGCAACCUUCUCGAUGCGGCGCCCCUAGACAACCUCAAGGCGGAUGCGGCGCUCUCCCUCUCCAUCGGCGGCGCGACCGGCACUUUUGUCGGAGUCGUGCCAGACUUUUCUGACAACCCCUUUCUCGGGACGCCGAUCGCCAUCCUCGGCACCGCCUCGACGGCGAGCGGCUGCGCCUCGUCCGCGCAGGCCACCUGCCUCGGCUUCACCGCCACGCAGACGCUGCAAAACGUGACCUUCCCGCGCGGCGCCAACUGGAUCGACGGCUGCGUGGCACAGUGCCGGUGUCGUCGACCAUCCCUGGUCAACCAAGCCCGCAACUGUCGUACGUCGGUGACAAUGGAUGCGCCCGACACGGCCGCCUCCUCGAGCCAAGACACGACGGCGAUGGAUGCGCAGCUGUUGGAUGCGCCCACCCGCCCAAACACGCCGACGAUGGAUGCUUCCUCGAGCCAAGACACGGCGGCGUCCAGCCUGUCCGCCUCCCGCGCCACGGUCGGCGUAAAGCGCGGCCGUCCCGAUCCAGCACAGCCUGAAGCCGUGGAGGCUGAGGUGUGCACCAUCUGCCUCUCCGCGCUCGUCGACGGCCAGUCCGACGGUGAGGCCAUCCGGACGCUGCGGUGCGGCCAUCGCUUCCACGAGGGGUGCAUCGAGGAAUGGCUUCCGCGGCAGGCCCUCUGUCCGUGCUGCAGACAGCCGGUCCGGCCUCCGUGCCGCGUGAUCAUCCGCGGGAUCGAGCUCGAGGUUGCCUUUGCGGACGAGUCCGAGCCUUGCCUCGUCCUCAUCUCGAGGGCUUGCGCCGCAUUUGCAGACCGCUAUCCGGUCUUCACCUUCCGCUUCCCCCUCCCCACCACCCUCCGGGCGUCCUCUGUCCGCGUGCGCGUCGGCGGAGACCCGUCGGCCGAGCCGGUGCCGCUCCCGGGCGGGUGUGCGGCAACAUCGAUCGCCAAGCUCGUCACUCUCGACCCCGCCCGCCGCCUGCCGGCGCUCCUCCUCGUCGAGCCGCGCCACCCGCGCUCGCCGCCGCACGGCUUCUCGUACGCCCGCACGCUGCUGCCGCUGCCGCCGCUGCGUGUGUGGCACGGGCCGCGAGGGACGGACGCGUACUAUGCGCGGCGGCCCGGGUGGGCGGAGGCGGCGGUCGAGGAGCACGAGAACGGGCGGUGCGGGUGGAGCCGCCGGCGGAGGGUGGUCGAGCUCGAGGCGGAGCUGAGCCAGCAGCACGACGACGACGCGACGGCGGACGCGGUUUGGGAGCCUCCGGCGCUGCUGGCGUACUGUGCGGGCGAGGUCGGGCCGAAGGCCCUCUUCGACGAGGGCGAGGGGCCGCUGCAGGGUCCGGUCGGCACGACGCACGUCUCGCUGCCCGCCUGCCGCGAGCACGAGGAGACUGCCGCGGAGGAGGGAGGCGUGGCGUGUGCCUGCCUGCUGAGCGCGGAGGCGCGCGCAGAGCUGCCGCUCUGCCUGUACGGCUGCCCCUUCCAGCUCGAGUUCCACGGCGCCAUCCACUUCCUCUGCCACCUCCUCGUCGAGUCGGGGGUGGUGCAGCGGCCGGCGCACCUCAAGCACCCAGACAUGCCCGCCAUCGCUGGCGUGGCCGAGCAGAGCACUUUCCGCGCCUCCUGCCGGCACAAAAUGCUGAGCGCCCUCGCCGACGGCGCGCGGCGCAGCUGGGAGCCCUUCCGCUCGCGGCCGCUCCCCCUCAUCCUGCUCUCCGUCUCUGGCGCGGGCAUGCUUCUGCUCAUCAACCCGGAGGCGCCCGCCGUGGCGGGGAAACUGCCCCACCUCGAGCUCGACGAGCGCGUCAUCGAGCUGCCCGGUGUCGAGGCGUGCAUCCACGCGUUCGGGGAGGGCGACGAGGUGGCGCCACCAUCGCUGGCGGAGUGA